UCUUUUCCAAUUUUCUCAAAUUCAUCAAAAUUUUCUAAAAUUUUCUUCCACUUUCUUUCGGACCAAACACAUGGAGGAGAAAUACAAAACCCUUGAAAUCGUUAAAAAAACCCCUAACUCUCGAGUCAUCUACCUAUACCUAAAUCGUCCAUCGCAGCGCAACGCACUGUCACGUGACUUCUUCUCCGAAUUUCCCAAUGCCUUAUCUUCGCUUGACCAAAACCCUAAUGUGAACGUAAUUGUCCUCGCCGGCUCCGGGGAUCAUUUCUGUUCUGGAAUCGACUUAAAAACGCUGAAUUCCAUUGCUGAUGCCUCCUCUACGGCCGACCGCGGGCGCUCCUCCGAGCGUCUCCGGAGAGAUAUUAAGUUCUUGCAAGACGCGGUCACCGCCAUCGAGCUGUGCCGGAAGCCGGUGAUUGCCGCUAUUCACGGGGCGUGUAUUGGAGGGGGCGUUGACAUUGUCACCGCCUGUGACAUUAGGUUUUGUACAAAAGAUGCGUUUUUUUCUGUCAAAGAGGUUGACUUGGCAAUCACGGCGGAUCUCGGUACUUUACAGAGGUUGCCUGGGAUCGUUGGUUUUGGUAACGCGAUGGAGUUGGCAUUGACGGGUCGAAGAUUUUCGGGUUUGGAAGCUAAAGUGUUGGGUUUAGUUUCUCGGGCCUUCGGGUCGAAAACAGAAUUGGAUGCGGGUGUAAGAGCUGUUGCUGAGGGAAUUGCUGCGAAGUCUCCUCUAGCUGUCACUGGGACAAAAGCAGUGUUACUAAGAGGCCGAGACAUGACUGUGGAUCAAGGUUUAGAUUAUGUUGCUACUUGGAACUCUGCUAUGCUUUUAUCCAAUGAUCUAACGGAAGCAGUUUCAGCACAAAUCCAGAAACGAAAGGCUGUUUUUGCAAAGCUCUAAUGGGACCUUGGUGCGAGGUAUUGUUUUCAUUUUCUUGAUUUGGAGUAGGGCCAGAACCUAAUUUCAGUCGGUGUAUGCGAGAAUAAGCAAUUUAGCCCUUAAACUGAUAAGAUAUUAUUCUUUUUUCUAGGGUGCAAACAUCUGAGAACAGAGUGCAUAAGCUUGCACUUAUAACUGUGGCUGUGUCUAAAACUACAGACUUUAUUUGCCAAUAUUGGCUUUUAGACCAAAUUGGUUAUUUAUCUAAUGGAAAAAGGGAUACUCUUGAAUUCAA